AUGGCGCAAGUUCCACCGAAUAAGCUCUCGGAAUUGCGCGCGAUUAUCGACGGUGUACCAGCCAACGACAAGUACACGUACAUAAAAAAGAAGCUCAUUGAACAUUUCGCCGACAGCCAACAAAAACGGCUACAGCGUGUGCUCUCGGAUAUGCCGUUGGGAGACAUGAAGCCUAGCCAACUGUUCAAUGAAAUGCGGCGCGUAGCUGGAUCCUCGCUUGGUGAUGCUGUGUUGCUUGACUUGUGGGCCUCGAGAUUGCCGCCCCACGCACAAGCGGCUGUAAUUGCAUCGAGAGGGGAUGCUGCUGAUAAAACGACGAUCGCUGAUGCCAUUGUCGAAUCGAUGGGUCUACGAAACAUAAACUCCGUCGCUCUGCAAGUGCCGCAGACAGCAGCUCGUGCUCCAGAAAAACCACCACAACCCUCCAUCGAAGCCCUUCAACGAGAAAUUGCACAGCUAUCAAGUAAGUUGGAGAAGGCGCUUUCCACUCGCGAUGGGUUUCGCGGGCGUUCUCGUUCGCGGAGUCGCAGAAAGACAACGUUUUCCCGCCGCGACAAAACGCCAGCCGACGAAAUCUGCUGGUAUCAUCGUGUCUACGGCGAUGCUGCUCGACGAUGCCGUACGCCAUGCCGUUUCAACAAAGCGGCGCCAUCCAGUGGAAACAAUCAAUGA